UGUCGUGGGAAAAUGACAUUAAGUGCUUAAGUAAAUUAUAUAAAAACAUUAAACGCCUCGACGAGCAUCCAUAACUCGGCGCGGAGACAUUUAAAGCGACAGCUGUGCGGCCUGGAAAAACACUUCCCACUUUUGUUAACGGAUAAACGGAUUCGCCAGGCAAUUUCCCUUGCCCUGUUUUCGUGGCGAAAUGAAAAAUUCAACCGUCCCAGGUUGUCACAACUGUCUGCGGGGGUUGGGCUAGAUUUUCGACUACUGUCAAGGAUUCGACCACUAUGAGCGACUUAGGAGCCCGGCAAUGAUGAUAGCAUGACGCGUGACGGCGAAAUUCCAGCCAUUUUCAAUCCGAAACGGGUGCGCACUCCUUCCGUGGUGGUCACCGGCGACUCGUCGACGAAUGGCCCGUACAAUAACAACAAUUCCGGCGGAGGCGGCGGAGCGGGAGCCAGCAGCAGCUCUGCAGUGGCUCCCGGAUCGUCCGCUGCAAAUGGCAGUGGCACCGGGGCAACGGGCAGCUGCGGCUUCAGCAACGUGCUCACCUCGAGCAACCCGCAAAUAACCCACCAAGACUCGAUCUCUUCGAGCCAACAGGACCCCAAUGAGGUUAUCAUCAUACCGGCGGACACGCCCACGAGUGCACCGGGUAGCCACAACACAGGGCACCACUUCGGCGGCGGCGACUCCAGCGACACGCAGACGGAUCAGCAACAGGCCAAUGGCCACGGGGAGGAGCCGGAGCUGCGGUUCCGGAAGCUGCAGGCCUGCAAGGAGUCCUGCUGCUCCGAACUGGCACGCAAGAUGUACUUUGGCGUGUGCGUGACCAUCCUGAUGACCGCCUCGUGGGUGGGGGCCACCCAUUGCAUUAAGUACAUGUACAAGUACCGUGCUCCGUACGACGACUUGCUGAACGACGACCAGGACACAUCCUCAAGCCGUGCCGAUCUGAGCACGGAACUGGAGGACAUACUGGCCAUCAGCGACUCGUCGCUGCACCACGUCGAGGACGCCACCGAGAUGUUCAACAUACCACCGCGCCAGCCGGUCUACUUCAGCGCCCCCUUCUUCGCCGCCUGGUUCUUCACCAACUUCUCGCUGCUCUUCUUCCCCAUCUACAUCCUGGGUCUGGUCUCCACGCGCAAGUGCGAAAAGCUGAGCGACAUCCUAGGCGAUGUGCUGCGAGGAUUCCGGGAGCGCGGUUUCACAGUGGGUCGCUUCCUCAAUCGCUGCCUCUGUUUCUGCAUUUUGUGGCUGGUCACCACCUACCUGUACACACUCUCCCUGCACGUCCUCUAUGCCACGGAUGCCCUGGCCCUGUUCGCCACCAACGUGGCCUGCGUGUACCUAUUAUCCUGGGUGAUCCUGCACGAGCAGUUCGUGGGCGUGAGAAUCGUGGCCAUCAUCCUCUGCGACACGGGAAUAGCGUUACUGGCCUACAUGGAUGGAAUCACGGAAAGCCGAACCCUUAGCGGCGUGGUUCUGGCCACUUUGGCCGGGGCCGGCUAUGCCGUGUUUAGGGUUAUGUUCCGCAAGGUGAUGGGCGAUCCGCCGGUGAGCCAAAUCGCCUUCAUAUUCACCGCCCUCGGCUUCCUCAACGCCCUGCUGCUGUGGCCCGUGGUGCUGGGACUCUACCUGACUGGCACGGAAAGCCUCACAUCGGAGAGCAUACCCUGGAACCUGCUGUUCGCGGCGAGCCUCCUGCUCCUCGUUUUCCACGUUCUGAUGCAGUUCAGUGCCGCCGUUACGUACAACAUGUUUGUGACAUUGGGUCUGAUUACCGCUGUUCCCGUUUCUGGUGCACUCGAUGUCAUACUCUACAGUGCGAACUUUGCGGGCAUGAAGUUGGCCGGAGUCAUUCUGAUUGGCAUCGGAUUUUUCCUCGUUAUGUUCCCCGCCAACUGGCCAGAUUAUAUAACGCGAUUGUUGCGAAAGAGCGUUCGUGCCAUACUCCGCUACCAAUGUUGUUGUGAAUUAGCCGAAAUUCGCUAUGCUCAUUCGAUGGGGUCGCGGCCCUCGGAGCGGUACUUCAACAGGUCAGCAUCCCACCAUUAUCGACUAUCGGACGGGAUACAUAAGGUCCCAUCUUCGUUCACCCUCUGGCCGUGUGAGAUGACUGAUCUGUCGCCGACCACCACUGGGUUUCUACAUGGCCACGGCGGCGCCAACGCACAGCAUCACCAGCAACUUUUGCACCACCAACAGCAGCAUCCGCAGACCCACCAGCAGCACCUCCAGCAGCAAUACCACCACCGGCAGCACUCGCUCCACCAGCAGCACCUGCAGCGCCAGCACUCGCACACCUCGCUGACCAAGAUCCACCGCCAGAGCAGCAGCCACAGUGUCCACGGUGGUGCAGCCGGGCGACCGGAGCACCAUCGGUCCCAUACCGGAGCCACCGGGCGGCUCUUCUCCUACUUUGGCAACGAGCAGGAGCACGAGCGCAAGAAGUCGGAGACGUCCUUCUUCAAUCUUGGCUUCCGGCGGAAGUCCACCGUGGUGUACUACGCUCCGUCGGAUUGAGGAACUUCUCGCUCCUGGCAUAUCAAUAGCAUACAAUCAGAUUUAUUAGAUCGGUUAUAGUUUAUGUGUCAUUCUAUCAUAAUUAUUGUCGUUGUUGUUGAUGUAAAAGUUCAAUCGGAUCGCAUGCAGUUACAAUUUUGCUCAAAUAUAACACAUUUAAAGGCUACAGUUACAGAUACAGCACGGAGAUUAGAAUCUCCUCCAGUCAACGGAAUCCAUGACCAUGAUAACCCUGCCUCGCCUUGAAUCUCAGUCUCCAAGAUACAGAUACAGAAACAGAAACCCAGAAGGAGCCCGCGCAUCGAGCUCAAAAGUGCCCCGAAAGUUAACUAUAUACGGUUAUAAUUUAAUACUCAUAAUUAUUACGAAAUUGUGUAAGGAAUCGAAGCCAAUUGUUUUAGCAAUUAUAUACAUUAACUAUAAAGGCAAUGAAUAGUCAAAUAUUUUAAAGUGGAUUCACUCAAAGGCACACCUUAAGAAGGAAACGAUAACGAAAAAACGAACAAGAAAAUCCAAGAUAUUUAAGGAAAAUAGUUGUUAGACGUCACCGAGAAAAAUUCAAAGUUCACCCGGCUAAGAAACCCAUUAAACUGUAAGCUCAUCUAGCGACUAGAUCCAAAUGGUUUUUCAUCUAAACUUAACGUUAACCGUGGAUUGGACUUUUGUUAAAGAAUUUUGUUUUGAACGCGAACUGAAUGUGAACCGAGUCAAAAACGAAUCGAAGUAUUAGUAUUUUUUAAAUGUUUAUGUGUUGUUCGUAACUUGUAAUUCGAAGUGUUGUAGAGUCGAAAUGAAUCAACGAGGAUACUGUUGUAUUAACGCGACCGCCUCUCCUUUGAACCCAUCUGGGAAUCCCCAAAAUGGAACAUUCGGUUUGGUGUUGUCGCCUGUUAUAUGAACUAAGUUGUGUAGUUACAUCCAAUAAUUGAUUUGUGAUAGUUUAUAAAAAUGUUUGAUAACCAACUGCGUACACUACCUACUUUUACCUACCCGCCCCGAAAAGAGAGGCAAUGGUAUAGCUGGGAUGUAUUUAGAACACACGAAAACCGAACACGAAAUAAAUGGUUAAUUAAAAACUAAAAA